AUGCAAGCCAUGCUGAGCGACAACCUGCGCGACCCGCCGUUCUAUCUCCAGCGGAGCACAAGCGCCUCGUCUUCCGGAAUUCCUCACCACCACCUGAAUCCUCCUCCUCCUCCUCCUCAUUUCCACCACCUGCACGACCCCCUCCAGAACACCUACACACCGAGCCACCACAAUCACCACCAUCACCACCAUCACAACCACGACCAGAACGUCCUUAGCAUGCCGCUCGUGCCGACCACCCACGCUCCGGUCCAUGACAACCCGGACCCGAAUCCCGACGAGAUCGCUAAUUCGGCCCCGGCAGCCGUUCGGCGACCCGGGACGGCCCGUCGGGCCGCGCCGUCCGAAGACCGGCCGUUCGCGUGUCCCGUGCCGAAUUGCGGCGGCCGGUUCCACCGCAAGUUCACGCUCCACGAGCACCUGAAGACGCACACGGGGGAACAGCCGCAUCAGUGUCCCGUGGCCGAGUGUGGCAAGCGCUUUAGCACGUCGGGGAACCUCGCGCGGCACCGGAAACUCCACGCGAUGCGGAAAAUCAGCUGUCCGGCCACGCACUGCACGCGCGUGUUUACGAGCCGGGAGAAGCUCGUGCCGCACCUGAAAGUGCACUUGGCACGGACGCCACACACGUGCGACUUUGCCGGGUGCGGCAAAACCUUCAGUACGGCCGGGAAUCUCACGCGCCACCGGCGGACGCAGCACCGGGCCGGCCCGGUGUCCCAUUCGGACACGACCGGCCCAGUGCUCACGGGUCCGGCCCCGACGCUCCCGCGGCCCAAGUUUGAGUUCCCGGGCCGGAGUGUCCCGCUUCCGACGGGAUCGUUGCCGAUGCGGGGGCUUUUGUGGCCCUCGCACGCGCCGGUAGAGCCGCACCCGCCCCCGCAGCGCAUCCUCGAGUCGGACGUCCAGGAUUUGUUCGACUGUUUGUUCCUCGAGAACGCCCAAGCGGCUGCGGCCGCGGCGGCAGCAAAUGGUCAUCAUAAUGUUGCGGUGAUCCGGGACCGACUGCCGAAGCUCGAGCUGCCAAGGGACAACCGACCUCCUCAAUCAUCAGUACAUCAAGUGCAGCCGUCGUACCUUACGGCCACAGCAUCGCUCUGUGGUCGAUUGAAAAAUCUCGUUGCACGGCCGGCUGGCAUCCGUAACCUUGAACGAUUUGCAAGUGGAUCCUCCUCGGGCUAUCCGAGGACAACUGCUGGCCGAGAAGUCCGCCCCUAUCCUCUCACACUCAAGCAGGGACAGACAGCAAGGAGACGGCAGCUUCAGGUUUUCUUGCAUGUGCAACAAGCGCUUGUUGCGGCUACAACACGGACGUUUAGUAGUCAGUAG